CGAAAUACCGCUCACAGUACCGCCGACGUACCGCUAACCGCUCGCAAAAUCGAAUUUGCCAAAGAUCCGCAACAAGAAGUACAUUUUUUUUUGUUUUGCCUAAAUUGUAUCGAUUUCGAUGCCCUUUGCCAUUCGCCCACUGUGUGCCAGCCAACGGUUUUAAUGUUUUCGCCAGUUUGCAAGAAUUGCCAAGCCUCGUUGAGAACUCCGCGCAGUACGAACGCCAAGAUCCACUAUAAGCAAAAACACAAACAGUCCACUUUGAGCUGACGAGCAAUUUUCUAAAAUUUAAUUCACAAACAACACGGAGUAUAAAUAAACAAACACCAAACAAGUGCAAAAUAAAACAGAAGUACAGAGAUAUACAGGGCGUAGUAAAAAUAAAUAUUUAACGGUGCAAAAAACAUAUUUUAUUCGAAUACAACGAAUACAACCAAUUUAAUUGCCAAACAAACAAUAAGCCCCGAAAAAACAGCGGUGCAAAUCAACCCAAAAGAUCUCCUGGCCAAUAACGAGUACAAUCCAAUCCAGAAAAGCAGCCAACAGACCGCUAAGCGAGGCAGACACAACUGUACCCAUCUAAGCAGAGCUUAGAGCAAAAAGCCACCAAAAAACCCCGACAAGUAAACCCAAUUUCCUUUUUGCUACGCGCACAAGAAGCCAACAAAACCCUGAACUAUAGAAUGGUAGAAGGUGAUUCCGCAAAGGGCAAAAGCGAAUCCUAUAAUGUAGAAGCUGGACUACAACCGAACUACAACCAGAGCGCAGCAAGCAACCAAGCAAGCAACCAUCCCACUGGCCAGGCCAACGCACCAGCCACCGGAAACGCGACCUCGCACAUCGACAACCGAGCGAUCAUCCAGCCGUACUCCUUGGGCACCGGACCCAAGCAGCCCGAGUAUCAGUUUGCGGCGGACAAUCGCGCCUACGAGCCGGACAGCCAUGCCAAUGGCAAGCAGCAGGACGUAGAGCGGGACGCCCCCGAUGGGGGUCACGGGGGUCACGGGACGCCCGGCAAGGGGGGCAUGGGUGCUAAGGGACGCAAGAAGUCCGUACCCUUGCCGGAACCCACUGCCCCAAUAGUCGCCAACUUCGAGAGGGCCAUCGAAUUGUGCGGCUAUGGCAAGUUCCAUUAUAUACUGCUGGCCAUCUGCGGAUUGGUCAGUACGUCCGAGGAAAUGGAUGUCAUAUCCAUGUCCUUCAUUCUGCCAUCGGCGGAGUGUGACCUGGAUUUGAAUACGGAGACCAAGGGCUGGCUGAACUCGAUCAUCUUCAUUGGCAUGAUGGUGGGCGCCUACUUCUGGGGCAGCAUCGCCGACAGCUUUGGCCGCAAGAAGGUCCUCAUCGUCAUCUCGUUCAUGAACGCCCUCUGCAUCGUCGCCUCGUCCUUCUCGCAGACCUACUCCUUCUUCAUGCUGUUCCGCUUCCUCAAUGGUGCAGCUUUGGGCGGCAGUGGUCCUGUGAUCUGGUCGUACUUCGCCGAAUUCCAGCCGAAGGCGAAGCGCGGCUCCAUGCUGAGCUUCAUGGCCGCCUUCUGGACGUUUGGCAACCUGUUCGUGGCCAGCUUGGCCUGGCUGAUCAUCCCGCGAACGAUUGGCUUCACCACGGCGUACUUCACAUACAACUCGUGGCGUAUCUUCCUGCUGGUCUGCUCACUGCCCUCGUUCCUCGUGGGUUUCCUGCUCUUCUAUCUGCCCGAAUCGCCCAAGUUUCUGCUGACGCGCGGCAAGAAGGAUCGCGCUCUGGCCAUUUUCCGUGGCAUUUUCGUGACAAACACGAAGCGCCGUCCGGACGAGUACAUGGUCUACGACCUGGAAGUGGACGAAAAGCUGCUGGAGAGCAAUGGCAAUGUGAAGAACAAAUAUAGCCGCAUGAUCAGCGGAAUGGUUGACCACAGUCGCGCCCUGUUCAAGUCGCCCAUACUGCGUUUCACCAUCGUUUCGAUUACGAUCAACUUUACAUUCCACAUUGGAUACUACGGCCUGUUGAUGUGGUUCCCGGAGCUCUUCAAUCGUUUCGAGGAAUACGAGAAGGCAUUCCCAGACCAGUCGGCCGGCGUUUGUGCUGUCACAGAGUAUGUGGUCAACCUGGCCAAGGAGCAAAGCAACAAUGGUACCUGCUCGUCGGAUAUACCGCAAUCGGUGUUCAUGGAAUCGCUGAUAUCACUGGCCUCAGCGCUGCCGGCCAAUCUGCUGGCCAUUCUGGGCAUGGACAUGCUGGGCAGGAAGUUCUUCCUAAUCGCCGGUACCAUGACCGCCGGCAUCUGCUCGGCGCUGAUGUACUUUGUGCGCAGCUCCGUUCAGAACCUGGUCGUAUCGGCCAUCUUCAGUGGCGCCAUUUCGGCGGCCAAUGCGGCGCUCGACUGCCUCAUCACCGAAGUAUUCCCCACCAAGCUGAGGGCCACCGGCGUGGCCAUUUCAAUGGUGGCCGCUCGCUUGGGCGGCAUCAUUGGCAACAUCGUGAUUGCCCAGCUGCUGGACAACUACUGCCCGUCGCCCACGUUCAUCGUGUCGGGUCUGCUCAUCGGCGGCGGUCUCAUGUGCCUCCUGUUGCCCAAUACGACGCGCAAGGAACUCAAUUAAGCAGCUAAUCAAUCCCUCUAAUCCCUAGCCACCAGCCAAAAAAAACCCCCAUAUAAUCCUUCUGCUUAAACUGCUAGUCUGCAAGGUCUUGUUUCGAGCCCUGAUACUAUGGUUUAUAACGGAUCAUUGAUAUCAACUUGAGGUCAGGACCUUUUUGGGCUAGAUACGUUCCCCUUUGAAAAUCAACAAUAGUUAACAUACCACCCAAAACCCACCCGCGACCCACAUUUAAUUUCCAUUUGCCCCAUUCCGCCAGAGGAUCGGGCAUUAUCUGUGUAUAUAUGGUAUGUGUGUGCUACAAUACACGAUUAUUUGUAUCGUCAGUAAUUAUUUAACGAUAGCGAUAACGAUUUUCACUGUGUGUCUAAUUUUAAACGCCCCCUUUUCCCCCUCCCCCCACAAAUAUCUAUCAAUCUAUUGGAAUUUAAAUGAGCCAACAAAAUGAAAUCAGAAAUGGGCAAAAGAAAAGUCACAACGAAAACAAACCUUAUCGAAAGGAAAGAAAGAAAAUUAUGAAAAGAACACAACCAUUUUGGGAUGCGAUUGACAUUCCUUCGCCCAAUUAUGAUAAGCAAAGAAAACCCCAAGCCAGCGAGAAGAUAUAGCAGGUAGGAUCGAUAGCAAUCGAUGUAUAUGUAUUGUAUUGUACGAUAUGUAGAGAAUAAUAUAUAUAUAUUUAGCAAGCGCCGGCGCCGGCUGAAGCAGCAGCAGAGGGGCUGAGUAACGGUAACGGUAGAGAUAAGGGGCUAAGCGCCGAUAAGCAUGGAAUCAAAGAUACUAUCGCACCGUUCUCGUUCCGCUGCUGUCCGUUAUUGUUGUUAUUAUUGCUAUUAUUAUUAAUGCAUCCAAUGUAAAACACAUACGUAUAUAACUUUAUCUAUAUAUUAAACAUACAUACUAUAUCAAAAAGA